AUGUCUACCGCUACUCCACUUGAGAUACUCGCGAAGGUAUCGGCCGUAGAAGAUGUCGUGACUUUUGGCCGAAUCGAGCCUUUCGUUGGACACCUUAUAGUUGGGAUUGACAUUCAUUACACCGGUAUUAGUGUUGAGUUUAACGGAUCCCACGUCUCGAUCGGUGGGCACUCCGUCGGGGAACGCGAUGGGCAUGAGUUGGAUCAAGUGCUUCACUUUCCACAACAGGUCAUUGAAAUGCGGAGUAUUGGGCAAAACGACCCGAAGGUUGGGCUCCUUCUGAUGCAAACCCAAGUGAGACAACACAUACCUCUCGUGCCUAACGAUACAACACAUGACCAGAUGGAAAGGCGACACCUGUUUGAGCUCGUGUUGUCUCAAUUCGUUGAUUUGGUUCAUCUCUUCCUCGAUGGCAGACUUGUUGAUACCGAAGGGGUAUAUUACAGUCAACAAAAGUAUUGGAAACCCUUAGCAAUAGGUAACGAAAUGAACACUUUAACCCUAUUAAAUGUAUUGUUUAUGGUUGUGAUGGUGAGCACAACACCGGAUCCAUUGCCCGGUGAUGUUAAAGAUGUGGACCCAAACAGUUCGGCCGUUAAGAAUGCCAUCGGAUUCUUGUUUAACGCAAUUCACGGCUCAAUAGACACCACACAAGCCAUAGGAAUGGGAAAAGUGUUAAAAACUCAAUCCCAAGUGGUUUCCGGUCUUAAAUAUUACAUAACUCUUGAAAUCAAUGAAACCAAUUGCGCCCAAAAUGUCACCGAUUUAACGAAUUGCAAAGUUAUCAAGACCGAAGUCUGCAAUUCAAUUAUAUUGAGCCAACUUUGGGAUCAAAACCUUAAGAAUCAAGUGUUGUUUCUCAAUUGCAACGGAUUCUCAUAUGUUUCGAUGAUUGUAUUUGUAUUGACGUAUAAAACAAUGGCAGUAAUACUCGGCGGCAAACAAGUGGUCCGAAGUAAUGAUCCCGAUUUACAGCCAAUUAUUGAUUUCACGGAAUCGAUGCUUAAUAACGGCGUGAACUCCAUAUAUACACACAAAAUCGCUCACAUAUUGAAAGCCGAGAGACAAGUGGUGUCCGGAGACAAGUAUUACCUCACCUUUGAAUUCAAAAGAACUAAUUGUCGAAAGGGUCAGCCCGUCCCUGAAGACUGUGUUUUUACCAAAACCGAAAUAUGUUCAGCAGAAGUAUGGUCUCAGCCGUGGCUAUCAGACGGGAAAUUACAACUCAUUAGCUUUCACUGCGAGAAACCUGAAAAAAGAGAUAGUUUUUAACCAAAACUUUCCGCAAAAAUUUCCACAUAAAAACCUAAACUUGUUUUUACAAUAAAAAAUUUUAAAAAUAUCAUA